CGCUGGCUGCACUUGGUGGUCGCACACCGUGUUACACUCUCUGCACUAGAAAUCAAAUGGGCGUAUACGCAGGGCGAGAAGGGAGGGAGAAAAAUCAAAAAGACCAAAAAGUUUAUUUAAAAUGAGUAAGCAAACAAGAGAAGAACGAGAGGAAAACCGAAGGGGGCCGACAGGUUCGAUUAAAAUGGGCCAAUAAUUAUGAAAGAAAAAGAAAGGAAAAACGAGAAGAGCUCGAAAAGUGUGCAAUUAAAAUGCUUAGAAAAACGGAGAGGAAAAGCGUGGAGUCCAAAAAGUUCCUGACGAAGCGAGUGCGUGAUUACAAAGAAAGAAAGAAGAGACGAAGAGGAAGAAGGUAGAGCUCGAAAGAUUUAUCGAAUUGGAUGUAAAAUCCGGUCGUGCGAGUCACACUCUCUGCACUCCGUCGCCACCUUCCUUUUCCCGCCAAAGUUCGGAGUCCAAAGUGCCCCGUCUGCUCCGCUUGAAGUGCAGAUGGUGCAGAGAGUGCGGUGCGAGUGUACAGUGAGGUGCAAGAUGAGUUUAGGUUAGUCCCCUCACCGCGGCGGGAAACAGCAGGUGAAGGUUUGUCGCGGUUGACGCGUCUUUCCCGAUCGAGGCCCCAAGAUGCCCGAUGUCACGAUCAACGACAUCGUCGUCAGCUUCCCCUUCAAGCCGUACCCCGUGCAGGAGGAGUACAUGAGAAAGGUGAUAGAAUGCCUGCAAAACAGCCAGCACGGUGUCCUGGAGUCGCCGACAGGUACCGGAAAGACUCUGAGCCUCUUGUGUUCCUCCCUGAGCUGGCUGUUGGCGAAGAAGGCUCAGUUACAGGCGCAGGUGAUAGCAGGCGCGAUCGAAAAGAAGGACUUUGGCGGGCAUUUCUUUAAACACUUGACCAGCGGACUCGAGAAGGCGGCAGGCGCAGCGGACAAUGCUCAAAGCUUCGGCUGGGCCAUGCCCAAAAUUAUUUACGCGUCUCGGACGCACUCACAGUUGUCUCAGGCUAUGCACGAAUUGAAGAGGACGUCGUACAAGCACGUGGUCACCGCUGUGCUGGGAUCCCGAGAUCAGCUGUGCAUUCAUCCCGAAGUUUCCAAGGAGACCAGCUCCAACAAGAUACACAUGUGCCAUGCUAAAGUGAAAUCAAGAACUUGUUUCUAUUACAACAACGUGGAGGUCAGGAAAGACGAUCCUGUCUUCAAACAGGAGGUGCUGGACAUAGAGGAUCUAGUUAAAGUCGGACAGAAGCACAAGUGCUGCCCGUACUUCUUGGCGAAGGAAUUGAAGCAGAGUGCGGAUAUCAUUUUCAUGCCUUACAAUUAUCUGCUGGACCCUAAGACACGGAGGUCGCAGGGUAUAGAUUUACAAAACACUGUGGUUUUGCUGGACGAGGCUCACAAUGUUGAGAAAGUUUGCGAGGAAGCGGCGUCGUUGCAGAUAAGCAGUACAGAUGUUGCAAUGUGUAUCGACGAGGUAACCGCGGUAAUGCAAGACAUGGCUAAGGACUCGGACCAGCAGAACGACUUUCUGUCGGAGAACAACGUCCAGAAAGAUUUUACAACGGAAGAUCUGUGCAUCUUGAAAGCAAUGUUUUUGGAACUGGAGAAGGCAAUCGACUCCAUCGAGUUAAAAAACCGUGGCGAGGGAGACACUUUUCCCGGUGGAUUUAUUUUCGAACUACUUGAGAAAGUCGAGUUAACACAUGGUAAGGAACAAAUUGUGAUAGAGAAGCUGGAAAAGAUUAUUUUAUACCUGACAACCACCAGCACUUCGCCGUACGCGAGGAAAGGUAAUGCGCUGCAGAAGUUUAGCGAUUUACUGAGGACCGCUUUCAACAGCGGCGGUGCCUCUAUCGCGCGUCACAGGGAGAAGGUGAAACGCUGCUAUAAAGUCCACAUACAAAUGGAGGAGCAGAAGAAGAAUUACAAGAAUGACGUCUGGGAGAGCAAAAAGACAACUAAAACGGACGGGAAGCUUAUCAGUUACUGGUGUUUCAGUCCUGGUUUCGGCAUGGAGCAAAUGGUAGAGCAGGGCAUACGCUCGGUGGUGCUCACAAGCGGCACAUUGUCUCCGUUGAAGCCAUUCAUAUCGGAGCUCGGUAUACCAAUCGCGGUCCAGUUGGAAAAUCCGCAUAUAGUGACGAAGGAACAAGUGUGCGUUGGCGUUCUCAGCCAAGGGCCGGAUAAUCAUCCGCUCAAUUCGUCCUACAACACAAGAAAUGAUCCAAAGUACAUUGCGUCUCUCGGAAGGACGGUGUACAACUUCAGCUGCAUCGUCCCCCACGGAUUGUUAAUAUUCUUUCCUUCGUAUCCAAUCAUGAGGAAGUGCAGGGACGAGUGGCAGAACAUGGGCCUGUGGACGCAGAUCGCUGAACGUAAGCCCAUUUAUGUGGAGCCCAACUCUAAAGAGGGAUUUGUUAACGUGAUGAACGAGUAUUACCAAAAAAUUAGUGACCCGUCUUGCAAGGGGGCUGUUUUUAUGGCGGUGUGCCGAGGAAAAGUCAGCGAAGGUCUGGACUUCGCUAAUGCAAACGGCAGGGCUGUAUUGAUCAUCGGUCUGCCAUUCCCGCCCUUAAAGGAUCCGCGAAUUAUGCUGAAGCAGAGAUAUUUGGAGGAAAUAAGAACUACAGAAAAAGAAAGUCUAACCGGGCAAGAAUGGUAUCAACUUGAAGCAUCCCGGGCUGUCAAUCAAGCUAUUGGCAGGAUAAUAAGGCACAAAAGCGAUUACGGCGCUGUGGUGCUAUGUGACUGUAGAUUCGAAAAUCCAAACUUUAAGAAACAAUUGUCCGCUUGGCUCAGACCGUACGUAAAAAAGUUCACGAAUUUCGGGAUGAUCACGAAACAAUUACGAGACUUUUUUAGGAACGCGGAGAGUACGCUGCCGCAGCCCAGUAUCACUCGUGCGCAAUAUGGGAACAUUGGCGAUAUAUCGUUGCCUGCUGUGGGUGCUACCUUCGAAACGACGGUGUCUCAUUCUCUCGGCCAAAAGGCACAGAAUAAUGCGACAGAAGAGUCGAUUAAGAAUAGUUUUAACAUAGACAUGUAUCUAGACGACAGUGCAAAGGACAAACAAUUAGCGAAGCCGCAAUCCGUGAUCAAUUUUAGUUCUUGCAAAUUAAAAGACAAUCAGAGUACGUGCGAAUUAACGAAGCCCCGAUCCGAAGAACCGGUCGCAAAGAGAAGAAAAAUUAAUAUUGUAUCACCUGGAAUUAAUUCAUACUUUACCGCUCCUUCGACCUCUUCGUCGGCGGCUCCUGAAAAUAAUUCCACGCAAAGUUUCACCCAAAGCGAUAAGGACACCAGUAAAGACGAUAAAAAGGCACUGGGAAAGCAAUAUUUGAAGGAUGUAAAACGGGCAUUGUCAGCGAAUGAUUAUAAAACAUUUGCACUUAUGAUACAAAGCUACACGCAAAGUGGCGAUUUCGACGAAUUAUUGAAGACGUUGUCUAGUUUGUUUCCGCCCGUUGGACAGCUACGGCAUUUGUUUAUAGGAUUUCACAGUUUCCUAAAGAAACAACAUAUUGCAACUUUUGACAAUUACGUAAAGAAUUUAAAGUUGCCUCAAUCAACUUGAAAUGCUUAAAAAUCAACGAAUGCCGCAAGUGCACAUAUGUAUGUACAGUUUUAUUUUGCUUAAUUGAAAUUUAUAUGUUGU